UCAUGCAUGAACUCUGAGUGAGAGACUCACUGUUUCCUACUGCAUCUAGCAGUGGGCCAGGCUGCCUCUAGACACACCUUUCCUUGAGAGCUGGAAGACAUUAGAAUCAGGUCCAGAAAUGGCCUUGGUGUGUCUAACAGACUUCCAGGCACAGGCACGAGAGCGGCUCUCUAAGUCAUCCUGGGAUUAUAUUGAAGGAGGAGCUGACGACGGCAUCACUCGGGACGACAACGUCGCAGCAUUCAAAAAAAUCCGCCUCCGUCCCCGAUACCUGAGAGAUGUGUCGAAGGUAGACACCAGGACCACGAUCCAAGGGCAGGAGAUCAGCGCCCCAAUCUGCAUCUCACCCUCGGGGUUCCACUGCCUCGCCUGGCCCGAUGGGGAAAUGAGCACAGCAAGAGCCGCCCAGGCAGCCAAGAUCUGCUACAUCACCAGCACCUAUGCCAGCUGCAGCUUGGAAGAUAUUGUUGCUGCCGCUCCAGGAGGCCUCCGGUGGUUCCAGCUCUAUGUGCAACCAGACCAGCAGCUGAACAAACAGCUGGUCCAGUGGGUAGAAUCCCUGGGUUUCAAAGCUUUGGUCAUCACAGUGGAUACACCCAAAACUGGAAACAGGCGACAUGACAUUCGAAAUCAAUUGGACUUGAAGAUGAACAUAAUGCUAAAAGAUCUUCGAUUACCUAAAGAGAGAAAUUCCAUACCUUAUCUCCAUACAUCUGCCAUAAGCCCAUCUCUCUGCUGGGAUGACAUCUCCUGGUUUCAGAGCAUAACCCGAUUGCCCAUCAUCCUUAAAGGGAUUUUGACAAAGGAGGACGCAGAGUUAGCUGUGGAGCACAAUGUCCAUGGUAUCAUUGUUUCCAACCAUGGUGGGAGGCAGCUUGAUGAAGUUCUCUCUUCAAUUGACGCUUUGACAGAAGUGGUGGCUGCUGUAAACGGGAAAAUUGAAGUGUACCUGGAUGGUGGGGUCCGAACAGGCAACGACGUGCUGAAGGCUCUGGCCCUGGGGGCUAAGUGCAUCUUUCUUGGGAGGCCGAUCCUAUGGGGUCUUGCCUGCAAGGGUGAAGAUGGUGUUAGAGAAAUUUUAAACAUUUUGAAAAAUGAGUUCCACACUUCCAUGACCCUUACAGGCUGCCGGUCGAUCGCUGAGAUCAGUCGGGACCUGAUCCAGUUCUCCAGAUUGUAAGGAAAAAGAGCUAAUAACCAGACUGCCAAGGCUGCUCACAGGAGGAAGACAAACUCACAGCAUGGUGUGCAAUACCGCCCUGCCUGGGCCCAUCCUAUGAAGCGGCUCAUGCCUUGUGCCCUCAAGCCCUCCACCCCUAUGCUUCAGGCCCUCCAAACCCAUCUGCCUCAAAUAUCCCAGGCUCUUCUUUGCUUUGCUGACUUUUAUAUGUUGUUCUCUUGCCUAAAAUCCUCCUCUGAAAUAAAAGAUCUCAAAAGGGCAGAUCAACAGUGA